AUGGACUUUGACGUGAAAACCCCCUGCAUUUCGAGCCAAGAGGCACCGGAGCAGCAGCAACACCAACACCAGGAGGACCCGCAGCCGCUGCUGGAUCAACAACAACAGCCAGAGACACAGCAUGUAAAGGAUUCCAGUGCAGUCAAUGCAGCUCCCUCAGUGAAAGAGACGGGAAAUUCGCUUCAGCGACGCAACGUGUACGUCUCCGGUCUGCCGGAAACAUUUCGCGCAGCGGAGUUCCGGGAGAUGUGUCAGGCCUUUGGUCGUGUUGAGGCGUCGAAGCUGUGCAUUGACACCAAGUGCCGUCCAAUGAAAGGCUACGGCUUCGCCCUCUUUUUCGAGGAGGAGGCCGCUGUGAAGUGCAUCAAGCAUUUGCAUGGCCAUUGGCUGGGUGGACGAACACUUCAGGCGCGUCUCGCUGACGCCGCUGCGACGCCCGUCCCGCUCGACCCGUCAUCGGCGCAUCCACCCAUCAGUCGCGCACGGCCACCGUCAAAAGGGCACCGCCACCUGAAUUCCAGCAUGCAACUCACGAACGGGUAUGCCGACGUGCCUUUGCCGUUCACGAGCAGCAUUUCGAUUUCCCCGUCCUCUAGCCAAGACCAGACCCCGCCCCUCACGCCGCCGCAGAUAAGCCUCACCCCGACCCUUGUUUCGCACAGUGACCUUGGGGGCGGCAACAGUCACAACGGCAGCAACAACAGCAACGCCAGCGUGGCUACAGGCGCACAGCCUAUUUUUUACCACCACGUUCCAAUGGAUCAGCAGAUGGGUCAUCCAAUGACUUCUUUCUCCACGCAGCCAGGCUAUCUUUCGGUUCCCUCCACAUUUGUUCCAUCGCCCAUGAUGGGGAUGCCGAUGUACGUCACGGUCCCGCCCUCAACAAAUAUGCCACCCGGCCCGCAGCAGCAAUUUGUUCUCCCGGCCACCAUGAUGGCAUCUGGCGGAUACCCACAGCAGCUGUAUCCCCCAGUCGUCUUUUCCCCGUAG